AUGAGCCCUGCACCGGUUAUAUCAGAAUCGUCGCCGGCCUCCAUGGCAAAGGAGGCCAAGGGAGGCCUGAAGAUGAACAGUGGCACUGCAAACUCACUGACAUUCAAGCAUUACACUUAUCCUGCCUCGUCGCAACGACCUCCGGUGCCGGCGCCGAAACGACGACGUAUUGCAGAGCCUCUGUCCGUGGACAGCUCUGUCUCUCAGAAUACUGCCAAUACUUUGCAUGAAAACAAUGGCCUUUGUCAAUUGCCACACCAGAUCCAUUUCCAGACUAAUUCUACACUCGAUGGGUCGUUUUCGUCGCAGAGUGCAACAACAGAUAGGUUUUCCCGCGAUGGCUUUGACUCGGAAGCGUCGAAUUAUAACACGCCGAAUACGUCGGCUUCAAUAAUCUCUGCCAUUUCUCAGAAACAGUCCAUGUCGCCUUCUAUUUUGUUGACCACUGGAUUAGAUACAGCAAAUACCCUGGCCGCUGCUCGGAAUCCACCCACUACAACAUUAGAUACUAAACCAGAGUACGAGCGCGAGGCUCCUGACUAUGAGCAGUUCAAACCUCGGUCUUCAAUUCCUUCUGGCCUCCCAGGACCGGUUUACGCUCAGCAAUGUAUUACAGCCGCAUAUUCGUCACGUCUCAACCCUUUCGCAUUACAUGAAGGCGAGCAAGAGGCAUUGGGGGACCACCUGUGCCAUUUACACGUUACUACUUAUCUGAAUAUCCGGAAUGGGAUUUUGAGGCUGUGGACGCGCAAUCCAAUGAUUAGCGUCACGCGGGAAGAAGCUUUGGGCUGUGCAAAGGAUGCUAGAUGGAUGGGCCUGGCUGAUUUUGCCUACGAGUGGCUUGUGCGGAACGGAUAUAUUAAUUUCGGCUGCGUCGAGGUACCGGAGGCUGACCUUUUACCUAAAAAGGGCCGCCGAAAAGACGAUGGGCGUGUGAUUGUCAUUGUUGGUGCCGGUGUGGCUGGUCUUGCGUGUGCGAGGCAGUUGGAGGGACUAUAUCAGCAGUAUCGCGACAGAAUCGGGUCGUUAAAGGUUAUCGUACUAGAAGGACGACGCCGUAUCGGGGGACGUAUAUAUUCACAUCCUUUGAAAAGCCACAAGGAGAUUUUGCUGCCAAAGGGACUGCGACCUACGGCUGAAAUGGGGGCUCAUAUAAUUGUUGGAUUUGACCGAGGAAACCCGCUGGAUCCGGUCAUCCGAUCGCAGCUAGCACUGCGAUACCAUCUUCUCCGGGAUAUUUCUACAAUAUAUGAUAUUGACGGGUCGCCCGUCGACGAAGUUCAAGAUGCGAUGGACGAGCGGCUGUACAACGACGUUCUCGACCGCUCUGGGAACUACCGGCACAAAACUCUUAUCAAUACCACUGCUGAGGGAGAUCGUGAUAUGAUGUACCAUGGCCGGGAUAUAACCGUCAGUGAUGGCGUGACAGUUCGCCAGUUUGAGGAAGCUCGUGCAGCUGGGACACACCAUCUUUUGCUUCCAGCAGCGAGACUACGUCGUGGUAUCGGACACAAUGCAUCUCGUAUUCUACCUCCUCCAUCUUCGCAAAUGGCCGAUGCACCAGAUGAGGAAUUGCCGGCGGCUAUGGAAUGCCAAAACAUGGGAUGGAAACUGCGAGAUGGUGUUUCUGCUCGAGACGACCUGGAUCUCGACAAGAUUGCCAAGGCAUCUUCGAGCCAGACGCUGGGAGCUGUCAUGGACGAAGGCGUCGGCCAAUAUCAACGCAUGCUUCCACUGACGCCCAAGGACAUGCGGCUUAUGAAUUGGCACUAUGCGAAUUUGGAAUACGCGAACGCGACGAAUCUCAACGGGCUAAGUUUGUCGGGCUGGGAUCAGGACAUGGGGAAUGAGUUUGAGGGCGAACACGGCCAAAUCAUCGGAGGAUACCAACAGCUGCCUCGAGGGCUAUGGGCGUUGCCUACAAAGCUAGACGUGAGAACCAACGAGACCGUCACCAAGAUUACAUACGACACAACGGGUAUAGGAAAGACUACAGUCCAUACUGAAAACGGCCCUAUUGCGGCAGAUCACGUCGUCUAUACUGGGUCCUUGGGCACACUUAAACACCGCAGCGUCGAUUUCUCGCCUCCAUUACCGGACUGGAAAACCGGAGCGAUUGACCGGCUUGGCUUUGGGGUCCUCAACAAGGUCAUCCUAGUCUUUGAUCAUGUGUUUUGGGACUCCAACCGGGACAUGUUUGGACUUCUCCGCGAAGCCGAAGUGCCCGGUAGCAUGUCACAGGCAAGCUAUGCUAGAAACAGAGGCCGAUUUUACCUAUUCUGGAACUGCGUCAAGACAGCGGGCGUGCCGCUGCUGAUCGCGCUGAUGGCCGGUGACGCCGCACACCAGGCCGAGAGCAUGGCGGACGCGGAAAUCGUGGCCGAAGUCACUUCGGAACUGCGCAACAUUUUCAAAUCUAGCCCUGUCCCAGACCCGCUAGAGACCAUAGUCACGCGCUGGAAGUCGGACAAGUUCACCCGGGGCACGUACUCGUUUGUUGCAGCCGAUGCCUUGCCUGGGGAUUACGAUCUUAUGGCCAAGGGUGUAGGCAACCUGCACUUUGCCGGUGAAGCAACCUGUGGCACGCACCCGGCGACUGUACACGGGGCGUUUUUGUCAGGGCUGAGAGCGGCGACGGAUAUAAUGGACAACAUAUUGGGACCUAUAGCAGUGCCGAAGCCGCUGGUUCCAGCAAAGGAGGGCGAGGUCAUUGGGCCUUAUAAUGGAGGAUUCAUCAAUGCAAACCUCGCUGCUGAAAAAGUAACAACACCAAAAAAGGAAUUCACACCAAAGUCCAAACCAAAGCCAAAACCAAAACCAAAACCUAAUACAACAGCAACAACAACAUUGCCAACCGAAACUCCCACCACCCUCUCCAAAGAACAACAACUAUACAACGACGCGCUCCAAACGCACCUCCACAACACCAUCGGCUCACCCCCGGCCAAACCAGGCAAAAUCGCACUCAACCCAUUCCUUACAUUCCAAAAGGACUACUGGAUCCGCGCAAAGCAGAAAUGCGAAAACAACAAAAGAGCAGCCACAAACGAUCCCAACGCAAAAGCUGCGCGGGAUGAGGUGCGUGCCGUGCUGGGUCAGAUGUGGCGCGAGGCGGACGAGCAGACGCAGCGACCAUAUCACGAGCAGAUGGCGGUGAAUCGGCAGACGAAUAAUGAGGUGCUAGAAACGUGGAAGGGCCAGAUGGCCGAGUAUGAGAAGAGGAGAGCGGAGGAGACGGGGGCGUGGGAGAGGCAGAAUCCGUAUGACAAGUGGGUGGGCGAGAACCUGAAUGUAGGGCACGUAUAG